AUGGACGAGAUUGCCAAGGAGUACGACGUUCUUGUCCUCGGCACCGGCCUGACCGAGUGCAUCCUGUCUGGUGUUCUCAGUGUCAAGGGCAAGAAGGUUCUGCACAUUGACAGAAACGAUCACUACGGCGGCGAGGCCGCCUCCGUCAACCUUGAGACCCUCUUCAAGAAGUACGGUAAUGCCGCUGGCGAGAAGCCCUGGGAGAAGUAUGGCCGCCUUAACGACUGGAAUAUCGACUUGGUCCCCAAGCUACUCAUGUCCUCGGGCGAGCUGACCAACAUUCUCGUCUCCACCGACGUCACCCGUUAUCUCGAGUUUAAGCAGGUCACUGGCAGCUUUGUCCAGCAGGGCGCCUCCCCCAAGGCCACUGUCGCUAAGGUUCCUUCGGAUGCUGGCGAGGCCCUCAAGUCUCCCCUCAUGGGCAUCUUCGAGAAGCGCCGCAUGAAGUCCUUCAUCGAGUGGGUUGGCACCUUUAAGCUCAAUGACCCCGCCACUCACAAGGGUCUCGAUAUGAACAAGUGCACCAUGAACGACGUCUAUGACAAGUUCGGUCUCGAGGCUGGCACCAAGGAUUUCAUCGGCCACGCCAUGGCUCUGUACCUCACCGACGACUACCUUACCGCCAAGGGUGAGGCCCCCAAAGCCAUCGAGCGCAUCCGCCUUUACGGAAACUCGGUUGCCCGCUACGGCAAGUCGCCUUACAUCUACCCUCUUUACGGUCUUGGCGAGCUCCCCCAGGGCUUUGCCCGUCUCUCCGCCAUCUACGGCGGCACUUACAUGCUUAACACACAAGUCAAUGAGUUCAUCACCGAGGGCGACAAGACCGUCGGCAUCAAGGCCACUAUGACUGGCGUCGAGGAGAUGAAGUUCGACACGCGUGCUAAGAUGAUCAUUGGCGACCCAUCCUACUUCCCUGGCAAGACCAAGGUUGUUGGACACGUCCUUCGUGCCAUUUGCAUCCUCAAGCAUCCUCUUGCUGGCACCAAUGAUAGCGAUUCCUGCCAGCUCAUCAUCCCUCAGUCUCAAGUAGGCCGCAAGAACGAUAUCUACAUCGCUUGCGUUUCUUCUGCCCACAACGUCUGCCCCAAGGGCUUCUGGGUUGCCAUCGUCUCGACCAUUGCCGAGACCGAGGCCAACCACCACCUUGAGCUCCAGCCCGGUCUUGACCGACUCGGUGCUAUCGAGGAGCAGUUCAUGGGCCCUCCUAUUCCCAUGUACGAGCCCAACGAGGACGGCACCAAAGACAACAUCUUCAUCUCCAAGAGCUACGACGCUACCAGCCACUUCGAGACCACGACCGACGAUGUCAAGGAUAUCUACCGUCGCGCCACCGGCGAGGAGCUCAAGGUCGAGGGUCUGCGAGAGGGCAUCGUCGUCGCCGACGAGCAAUAA